GUCAUCGUCCCCAUGCCCAAGCCAGCCAUGGCUCACCCCACGCCGUCCAACUCUCUCAUUACCCUCUCCCUUCUCCUGCUCUUCGCGUCCUCCCAAGCUGCCCAAGGUGCGUCGCCGUUGCAUCAGUCGGUGGCGGGGCACGUGCCGGUGCGCGCCGUGCUGUACCGCUCCGUCGAGCGAGCCACGACGACCGCUGCCGCCGGUGACGAGGCGCCUGGCGUCGGCGGCGGAAGGUACGAGCCGUUCGAGCUGUGCAUGGGGUGCCGGUGCUGCCUGGCCGCGGCUGCGGGGCCGGGGAACAACGGGAGCAGCUCAUGCGUGGACACGCGGUGCUGCUACGCCAUCGACUGCAACGUCCCCGGCAAGCCCUUCGGCGUCUGCGCCUUCUCCCCUCGCACCUGCGGCUGCGGAGGCGAAGAUGCUGGGGUAGGCGGCGGCGACAACUGCACCAGCAACCAUUGACACCGGUCCUCCUCGCCUCCUGAUCAUCAUCAUGCUUGUCAUUGCCGCUAGCUACUAAAUCACUUUACUUUUUGUUUAGAUGUACUUCAAGCCACUUUACUUAACUUUGGAGAAAAGGUUAUAUAUGUCUAAGAAAUGGCACCAUAUCAUUUUUGACGAAAAUGGCACCAUAUAGCUCAGCUCAUGAUUUGUUUUUCACCUGCUUCUUGUUGAUAAAAGAUGUGCAAUUAUUUGACGUACUCUUGGGAAAUA